AGCUGGACGUCCGGCUUGGGAGCGGGCACCUUCGCUUCGCGCGCGACCAAAGAGCGAUUUAAAAAUGGGUGAUGUUGAGAAAGGCAAGAAGAUUUUUGUUCAGAAGUGUGCCCAGUGCCAUACCGUGGAAAAGGGAGGCAAACACAAGACGGGGCCAAAUCUCCAUGGUUUAUUUGGGCGAAAGACGGGUCAAGCCCCUGGAUUUUCUUACACGGAUGCCAACAAGAACAAAGGCAUCACCUGGGGAGAGGAGACACUGAUGGAGUAUUUGGAGAAUCCCAAGAAGUACAUCCCAGGAACAAAAAUGAUCUUCGCUGGCAUUAAGAAGGCAGGGGAAAGAGCAGACUUGAUAGCUUAUCUCAAAAAAGCUACUAACGAGUAAUAGUUGGCUGUUGCCUUAUUUAUUACAAAACAAAAAUGUCUCACGACUUUUUUAUGUGUACCAUAUUUAAAUUGAUCUCAUACACCAGAAUUCAGAUCAUGAAUGGCUGAUAGAAUAUUUUGGACAGUUCUGAUUUAAAUGAGAUUGGCUUGUGGUUAAAUGAAUAUGAUUGGCUUUUUGAACUUUGAUAGUAAUUCUGGUUC